CAACAUAUGCCAGAGUAAACAUAGCUCUCUAAUCUGUGCUCUAAUUUGUGAAUGCUAUCCGACUUAUAUUAUUAUUUUCCUUCAUUCUUUCUCUAAUUAAUUGCAUUUAAAAAUAAUAACAAAAACGAGUUUCUUAAAUCAGUGUUUCAUUUUUACCUUAAUUAAAUUUGUCUCAUUUAAAACGGAAUAUGAAUAUUUCUAUUGAGAGGAAAAGAUCAGAUUGUACUGCACUACCAAAAGGAUGGCAAAGAGAAGAAGUCCUAAGAAAAACUGGCCUAACUGCUGGCAAAGUUGAUGUUUAUUAUUACAGCCCAACAGGUAAAAAGUUUCGCAGUAAACCGGAGCUAGUACGUUAUCUCGGUGAUAGUAUGGACCUGUCGUGUUUCGACUUUCAGCAGGGUCAAAUAAACACAAUGCUGCUGUGCAAGGCCAAGAAAGCACGAGCGCAGUUCGAUUACAGGGGUGUACGCUCUGACGCAUCACUGGUGCCGCCAAUACGACAAACUGCAUCAAUUUUUAAGCAGCCCGUUACCGUAUACAAAACACAAGAGAGUAAAGUGAAGACUGACUUGAAACAUGGCACCCAAGAGAAACCAAAACAAUUGUUUUGGGAAAAGAGGUUAGAGGGCCUAACGGCGUGUGAUGCAAAUGGAGUUAUUGGGACGACCUCCCUUCCUAAAUAUAUUAAGCCAUUAGGUCCAUAUACUUCUGAUGCUACCACUAUACAAUCGUUGGCGACUGCUCUUCACGUUUCCUCUCAACCAAUAACAGGACAAACUGGAUCUAAACAGGCGAUAUUAGAGAACCCUGGUGUUUUUUUAAACCCUGAGCAGCCGCUGAUAGCGGCCGUAACGAUAACGAAGGACGACGUGCGGCGGCAAGAGGAGCGCGUGAAACGCGCGCGGCAGCGGCUGCAAGAGGCUCUCGCGGUUGCGUAGGGCCCCGCCGGCGGGGAGCCCUCGCGCCCCGCCGCGGACAUACACCUACCGGACUCCACGCAACCUAACUCCACAGAAACAUCGCCUAAAACACUGACAGAAUGUAACGCUGAUCUUAAUGAUUGAUCAGAAUAUUGAUACUGAUAAACAAAUUUCAUUAUAUUAAGUUGCUACUAGUUUUUAUAAAGUGAAAUGUACUUAUUAUCGAAAACCUAAAUAUAUUCAAAUGUGACGGAUAAAAAAUAUUAAAAAAUUAUUGGACAAUAUUUCAUAUUGUCAAAAUGUAUUAUUAGUAGCUACUUAUUAUAGAUAGAAAUAAUAUUCACGCAUUACUGUAUUGGUACCAGAGUUAUGAUUUACCGAUGAAGAUAUUCCAUUCUUGGUCCAUUAAAAUUUUCAAACCAAAAAUUUAUGAAAAUGUAAAGAAAUUCCAAACCAGUCUACCGCUAUCUAAUCUACUAGUUUACCUAUGAAUAACUUUUAAAAUGUACUUUUAGAGAUGGUAAAAUUACUCAUGGUAAAGAUACAAUAUUGCUAAGAAAAAAAAAUUUAUAUAAAUUAUAUGUGAAGUGAAAAGUCCCAUAAGUAAAUAUUUAUUGAAGAAACUAGAAGAUAAUUUUUAAAAGCUUGUACUUUAAUAGAUACAUAGAUUUCAGAUGAAAUGUGAAAAAUGACAAACUUGACAAAAAUUGUUACUCAAUUGCGCUCAACUGGCUAAAUGGACAACGAAUUUUAUUUUCAAAAUUAUAUAUUGUGAAGUCGCGAGUAACACAUAUUUACUUAUCAGUUUAAUAAAGUUCAGAAUUGUUAUAGUUAUGAACAUAUGUAUUACGCGACAUUUAUAUUCUGAUACGUACGUGAAUUAACAAUAGUAAUACAUCAAGACAGAAAAACAGGUUGACUUCAGUAAUAAAAAUCUGACAAAAAAAAUUUAAUUUUAGAAAUCUCAAUGUAUGUUUCGUGUAAUAUAAGUAUAUAAAGGUAUGUAUUGUGCUUUCGAUAAUAAAAAACUUUGUAUUAAA